AUGGGAUCCCUAUUAAGACCACCCAAAUCGUUUACAUUUGACUGCGCUCUCGCUUUUACCCUCCAAGCUCUUAAGUUACGUCCGCGGAGCCAGGCUUGGGGACUGCAAGCAACAAAUACGUUGCCAACUUGGGAAAUUGUACCUGCGGACAUUUUGGACGGUAUCUCCGAUCAGGAGGUGCCUUCUUCUGAAUAUCGUCCGCCAAAAACAGAAGAAUUUCUCCGAUCAUCUCCAAUACAACUACGCCGCCGGAGACGCAACCCCAGCACGAGUGAUUGUCGACCAUUACACGUCCAUAAUAAUUCUGAUGAGGAUGAUGACCCUCAUACACCUAGCCGGAAUCCACACGUUUCUCGGAAGGUUAAUCGAAGCCGACCAGUAUUGGCCAGCCAAACAUCUACUACGGCUGGACGAAGCUCCUUCUCCGAGGAGAACCAUCGCCGUUACUGCACGUUGAAGUGUCUAAGCGGAUUGGUACAUGGAGGGGAAUUAGGGCAGUUAGACCAGGCUUGCCCUAAUGUCCGUGAUCAUGGUCACGGAACAACGCGUCAUGUUAUCAACUCAAAAACGUUCGUCCGCAAAUUGCAACGGCAACUCUCCGAGACUGUCAAUGCAGAUUGUGAGGUCAUCGGAAUUCACGGUUCUCGAGGCGCCCUUGUACCGUGUCGGAGUUCCGUGAUCAUCUCCGACAUGAAGCAGCUGUAUACGACCAACUUCGUCCAAUCCAGGGCAUAUACAUCCCUCUCCACCUCGGAAGCCUUGACUUAG